AAGUGAAUGCAAAUAAAAUAUAAAAUUAUAUACGCACAUUUGAAAAUAUAUUGGAAGGAUGGGUCAGGAGGAUCAAGAGCUAUUAAUACGCGGCAAUAGUAAAAAUACCUCAGCCGAGCAUUUGCAUAAUGGUGAUACAACAACCACUGCUGGUGGUGCCACCUCCCAGAGCUGCAUUAAUCAGAGCUUUGGACAAAGCAAAAACUACGGAACCCUAAAUACACCGCCACAGCCCGAUGAUGGCAACAGUUCAACGCAAUUGGCCGAGAAUCUUACCUAUGCCUGGCACAAUCUGGAUAUAUUUGGGGCUGUUAAUCAGCCCGGCUCUGGCUGGCGUCAAUUGGUCAAUCGUACACGUGGCCUCUUCUGCAAUGAACGUCAUAUACCAGCGCCACGAAAACAUUUACUCAAAAACGUCUGCGGUGUGGCCUAUCCCGGUGAACUAUUGGCAGUUAUGGGUAGCUCUGGAGCUGGUAAGACAACUUUGCUGAAUGCUUUGGCCUUUCGUUCACCGCAAGGCAUUCAGGUGUCACCAUCGGGAAUGAGACUACUUAAUGGUCAGCCGGUCGAUGCCAAAGAGAUGCAGGCUCGAUGUGCUUAUGUGCAGCAAGAUGAUCUAUUUAUUGGUUCGCUGACAGCUCGCGAACAUUUGAUAUUCCAUGCCAUGGUGCGAAUGCCGCGCAAUUUGACAUACAAACAGCGUGUGGCACGAGUGGAUCAGGUAAUACAGGAAUUGUCGUUGAGCAAGUGCCAGAAUACGAUAAUCGGUGUUCCGGGUCGUGUGAAGGGUCUUUCGGGUGGCGAGCGAAAACGUUUGGCCUUCGCCUCAGAAGCUCUCACCGAUCCACCGCUGUUGAUAUGCGAUGAACCCACCUCGGGACUGGAUUCAUUUACAGCCCAUAGUGUGGUUCAAGUACUGAAGAAGCUAUCGCAAAAGGGCAAAACUGUCAUUCUAACCAUACAUCAGCCGUCCUCGGAAUUAUUUGAGCUAUUUGACAAGAUUCUUCUAAUGGCAGAGGGACGUGUGGCCUUCCUCGGCACACCCAGCGAGGCAGUGGACUUCUUCUCAUAUGUGGGAGCUCAGUGUCCAACAAACUACAAUCCAGCUGAUUUCUAUGUCCAAGUGCUGGCUGUUGUGCCUGGCAGGGAGUUAGAAUCGCGUGAUCGCAUUGCCAAAAUUUGCGAUAACUUCGCCAUUAGUAAGGUGGCUAGGGAUAUGGAGCAAUUGCUGGCAGCCAAGACCCAAUCGCAGCCGCUGGAGCAACCAGAGAAUGGAUACACCUAUAAGGCCACCUGGUUUAUGCAAUUCCGAGCUGUAUUAUGGCGUUCAUGGUUAUCCGUGCUUAAGGAACCAUUGUUGGUUAAAGUGCGACUCAUUCAAACGACGAUGGUUGCCAUACUCAUUGGAUUAAUCUUUCUGGGUCAGCAACUGACCCAAGUCGGUGUCAUGAAUAUCAAUGGAGCCAUCUUUCUGUUUUUGACCAAUAUGACGUUUCAGAAUGUAUUUGCCACCAUAAAUGUCUUCACAUCCGAACUGCCUGUCUUUAUGAGGGAAUCUCGUAGCCGUUUGUAUCGUUGUGAUACGUAUUUUCUGGGCAAGACUAUAGCCGAACUGCCACUGUUUCUUACUGUUCCACUGGUUUUCACAGCGAUUGCCUAUCCCAUGAUUGGAUUACGGGCCGGAGUUUGGCAUUUCUUUAAUUGUUUGGCCCUGGUCACUUUGGUGGCGAAUGUUUCCACAUCGUUUGGCUAUCUCAUCUCCUGUGCCAGCUCAUCCACAUCAAUGGCGCUGUCGGUGGGCCCACCAGUGAUUAUACCAUUCCUUCUGUUUGGUGGUUUCUUUUUGAAUUCCGGCUCAGUGCCUAUUUAUCUGAAAUGGUUGUCAUAUUUAUCCUGGUUCCGUUAUGCCAACGAGGGCCUACUCAUCAAUCAAUGGGCCGAUGUGGAGCCGGGCGAGAUUACCUGCACCUCAUCAAACACCACAUGCCCCAGUUCGGGUAAAGUUAUAUUGGAGACAUUGAACUUUUCUGCUGCCGAUUUACCGCUGGAUUAUGUGGGAUUGGCUUUACUUAUUAUAAGUUUCCGAGGAUUCGCUUAUGUGGCUCUUCGAUUGCGAGCCAGGCGCAAGGAUUAAGACGAAAUUUUAUCAUAUCUGUAUUAAAUAUUGUUUUAUUUGUUUUAUCCUCGUCUUCCCACAUCCCACAAAAAAAAAAAAGAAAAUAAACAGAGGGCCUAAUUAACUUCGGCCGUGCCGAAAUUUGUAUAUCCUUGCAAUGUCCUUUUUGUAGGUAACUGCAGGCGUCAAAGCAUUUUAAGUAAAAACUUAUUAAAUUGAAAUGAAGUUUUUGAGACCAAAAUUAUCCAUUCAAACAUAUAUGUAAAAUUGACUGAUUUUUUUAAAGUUGGCAAAUAUAAUUAAAGAUUUUCAAAGAUAUAGUAAUCGGGUUUGACUGAUUUUGACAUUUACUGUGCCGACCUGCAAUAUAUCAGCACUGUAGAAAAUUUUUACAUUGAUCCAGACGGAAGAAAGUGUCAAUAUACAGUCUCGUUAAGUAAUCUUUGUCACACAUAUAUACAUAUAUACAUAUAUGUGUAUGCUAUACAGUCGAAGAUGCCUCUCUCUGGGCGUCAAACAAUCCUUACCAAAAUGAAUUUGCAAGGUUAUAAAAAUAGGAAUAACAAUUAAAUACACAAACCCAAAAAAAUAAUAAGAAAAGUUAAUUGUUAC